AUGGUCAAGUCGUCUCUAAUCUUCUGGUUUGUCUUCAUAAUAAGCUUUUGUCAUGUAUCUGCACGUAUAUGUCUUGAAAGAUCUGGUUAUUUCACAGCCAAUGAUACAUACGACUUAAACCGCCGAGCCCUGCUUUCUUCUCUUCCUUUUAACGUCACAGCCAAUGACGGCUUCUACACGGCAACGAUGGGGGAAUAUCCAAACAGAGCAUAUGGUUUAGGGAUGUGUAUCCCGGGUACUGAUGCACACUCUUGCUCUGAUUGUAUCAUCACUUCCAAUGCUAUAUUGUUGCAUAAUUGUACUUAUCAGAAAGAAGCUAUAGACUGGAGAAUGGAUACACGUAGAACAGUUUGUCUUGUACGCUACUCAAACCGCUCCUUUUAUGGAUUGCUCGGUAUGGAGAGUCUGCGGAGUGAUAACUAUACCAGAGAUCUCGAAGCUAACUCGACGGAUUUAGAUAUCACAUGGGAGGCUUUGAUGGUUGAUGUGAUAGACCAAACUUCGUCUUUGUACUAUGGAGCCAGAAUACGAAAGCUUGAGUCGUCCAUCUCACAACUUUACGGUUUUGGGCAAUGUAGUAAAGACUUAUCUCUUCAAAACUGCACCAGGUGUCUACAACAAAACGUGAUUGAGUAUAACUCGUGUUGCAGUGGGAGACAAGGAGGCAUCAUUUCUAGGCCAAGCUGUUUCGUUCGAUGGGAGAUUUAUUCGUUCUUGGGAAUUUUCGAUAGUAUUCCUCCUCCUCAAAAAGAUGGCAGAAGCAUUACUACAGGAACUAUUGUGGCUGUUGUCCUUGUUCCCAUCUUAUUGCUUGCUCUAGGAUUUGGUAUUUGGAAGAGGAGAAGAGUGUACAAAGCAAAGACAACGAAAACUGCGGAUGAUAUUACAACUUCAGGUUCGCUUCAAUUUGAGUUUAAAGAAAUUGAAGCUGCCACAAGUAAUUUUCAUAAUAUUAACAAGCUUGGUCAUGGUGGAUUUGGUGAAGUUUACAAGGGAACGCUUCCGAAUGGAACAGAAGUUGCUGUGAAGAGGUUGUCCAAAACAUCGGGACAGGGUGAAGAAGAGUUCAAGAACGAGGUGUUUCUUGUAGCAAAGCUUCAACAUAGAAAUCUUGUUGGGCUUCUCGGUUAUUCUGUCAAAGGAGAUGAAAAGAUAUUGGUCUACGAGUUUUUGCCCAACAGAAGUCUCGACCACUUUCUCUUUGACCCGAUAAAGAAGGGUAAACUAGAUUGGACAAGAAGAUACAACAUUAUCGAGGGAAUUACGCGAGGAAUUUUGUAUCUUCAUCAAGAUUCACGGCUCACAAUCAUUCACCGUGACCUCAAAUCUGGUAACAUCCUAUUAGAUGCAGAUAUGAACCCAAAGAUCGCGGAUUUUGGUGUGGCUAGGAAUUUCAGAGUGGAUCAAACUGAAGCUACCACAGGAAGAGUAGUGGGAACAUUUGGCUACAUGCCACCCGAAUAUGUGACGAAUGGCCAUUUCUCGACGAAAUCUGAUGUGUAUAGCUUUGGAGUAUUGAUUCUGGAGAUUAUUGGUGGAAAAAAGAGUAGUAGCUUUAACGAACUAGAUGGCUCAAUAAGCAACUUGGUCACAUAUGUAUGGAGGCUUUGGAACAAUGAAUCAUUGUUGGAACUGGUAGACGCAGCCAUGGAGGAGAAUUAUGAUAGAAAUGAAGUCAUUAGAUGCAUUCACAUCGGGUUGUUAUGUGUUCAAGAAAAUCCUGCUGAUCGUCCAACGAUGUCUACAGUCUUUCAUAUGCUCACUAAUACAUCAAUUACUCUUCAUGUACCUCAACCACCAGGAUUUGUCUUUAGCGUUAGAUCCAAGCCAAACCCAUUAGCCGAGAGAUUGCAGCCUGCAGGUCGGUCUACUAGCAUGUCUUUUGCUUGUUCUGUAUCGAUCACGUGUCUUAGUCCUCGCUGAAAUUACAGCUAAUGUUUGAGAUGUAUAUUCUUUC